AUGUUUCUAGCAGAUGGAACCACUGAUUCAGUAGAUAUUAAUUCGGCACUGACUUUGGGAGCAGUUUCAACUGGUAUCGGUUACUCAACCUUAGCCGAAAUAGCAGCUGCAAUAAAUAUGCCAAUGAUUGCGGAGAAAACGUACGUACACUAUUACGAAAAAGUGGCUGAUGCAAUUUACUCGGCAGUCACGCAAGUAAUGAAAGAAGCUGGAAGAGAGGAAGCAAAGUUGGCCAAAAGCUUAGGAGAAGUAGAUGGAAAUGGGAUUCCAUUUAUAACUGUGGUAGCAGAUGGAGCAUGGUCAAAACGAUUAUAUAACGUCAACUAUAAUGCUUCUUCUGGCGUUUGCAAAUUCGUUGGAGGAAAAAGAAUUAACUUUUCGAAAAGGAAUUUCUAUCAGACCAGAUGUGAAGCUGCGAUAAUAUCAUUCAACAAGGGAGCAGAAUAUUAUGACAUACUCCAUAAGGCAAUAACAGGAAAUGAGCUCAAUACAUACACAAAGAAAUAUUUAAAAAUAAUUGGAAAAAGGAAACUUAAGAUUUGCGAAACUAACGAAAGAAAGGAGCGUCGACAAGAGCUGCGAUUGAAAAAAAAAUACGCUUUUCCAGAUAGGGACUAUGGUAAUAUCCAUGAACCUAUUCCUGAUAUGGAUGAAAAUAAGUAUAAUUUAAGAGAACUGGAAUUCUUAAAUAUGUUAAAUAAAACGCAAGAAGAAAUUGAUGCAAUAGAGGAUCUUACCAAGGAACAGGCCUCUUCCAUUCUGUGGUUGGAAGAGAGACAAAAAAGGAUAACCAAAUCAAAUUUUGGAAAAAUUUGUAAACUAAAAGCACUACCAGCAUCAACUCAAUUAAAGUAUUAUUAUACAACAAAUUUAAAGACAACAACGCGACACAAUAUGGGAAAUUAA